ACAGCUGGAUUCUCCACUCGUGCAAUCCAUGUAGGCUCCGAACCUAGUGGCGAGACUGGUGCUUGUAUGCCCCGGAACAGCAAUUUCACCACAUACAAACAAGAUGCCAUAGGCGUUCACAAGGGAUUCGAAUACACUCGCUCCGACAACCCAAAUCGCCGUAGUUUCGAAGCUCAACUAGCUUCGAUCGAAGCAGGCGGUCAUACUGCCAUAGCAGUGGCUUCUGGGUCCAGUGCCACUGCGCUGCUUGUGACAGCUGCAGGUCCCAACUCCCACAUUCUAUCCGUCAACGAUGUCUAUGGCGGUACUGCCCGGUAUUUCACCCGGGUCGCAAAUGUCAUUCAAAACCUCGCUACCACUUUCAUCGACCUCGAAUCAGCUCGUGAUGACGAAGUAUAUGACGCCAUUCAAGAUAAUACAAAGUUAAUUUGGGUUGAAAGCCCAACUAAUCCCACGCUUCGCAUUAUUGACAUACCCCGAAUCGUUCGCAUUGCUAAUUCUCAUCCUUCUCGUCCACUCGUCAUAGUAGAUAAUACCUUCCUCUCUCCUUUCUACUCUUCCCCUUUCCUUCUCGGCGCAGACGUCGUCUUACACUCGGUCACGAAAUACGUCAAUGGUCAUUCAGAUGUCCUCAUGGGAGCAGUCGUUCUCCCUCUUCCACACACAUCUACCAAAUACCCUAAUCCUAAACCGCUCGCAGCCACAUUGGAAUCUAAACUUCGCUUCCUUCAAAAUGCUAUCGGAGCUGUGCCAAGCGCCUACGACAGUUGGCUCGCACAACGUGGAGUUAAAACACUUGCCCUUCGAAUGAAAGCCCACGGUGAGAACGCCUUAGCCGUUGCGCGUUGGCUUUCAACCCGAGGAAAGGAAUUAGGACUUGUAGACUGGGUCAUCUAUCCGGGAUUAAAAUCUACAGCAUCCCGGCGAGUCGAAGAUAACGAACGAGUGUACAAACUCGUCCGUGACACGCUUCUCUCACCUCACGCGCGUAAAUGGAUCGAAGGCGGAACGUGGUCGGGUCGUGAUGAUGGGCUGGAAGGGAUUCCAUUCAGUGGAAUGGUCUCAUUCAAGAUCGCCUCCGCUCCUUCAUCUAUCCUUUCUCCCGCCGAAGUUUCUGAACCUACCUCGACUGCUUCCCGCUUCCUCACGUCCACUCGCCUCUUCUCGCUGGCCGAGUCAUUGGGCGGAGUCGAAUCGCUUGCUGAACUCCCAGCUUUGAUGACUCAUGCGGGUAUACCCGUUGAGACGAGGGAGAAAUUGGGCAUUAGUUCAGGGCUCAUCAGAUUGAGCAUAGGCGUUGAAGAUAAGGAGGACUUGUUGGUUGAUUUGGAGAGGGCUUUGAGGUGGGCCGUGAAAGGGGAGGUGUGGGAUGUUAAGAGGGAUGUUGAAUUGGGAUUGGGUGUAGCCGAGGGAGUGACCAAGGUUUUGGCUGUUGACUCUGAGGACUCGUCUAGAAUCGAGGUGCACGAUAUUGUGCCUGUUCAAGUUCACGCUUGA